UAAAGAAAGUAAAUAAACUCAAUAAAAACUCAAAUGAAAUGAAUACAGAAAAGGACAAAAAAUAGAAAAUAAAAUUACACCAAAAAGAACAAUUUUUAGAAAAAAAAAACCAGGAAGAGAAGUAAAAGUGCAAAACUCAGUGAAAAAUAAAGAAAAAAAAUAAGAAUAAACGAAAAAAGUGGCAAUUUUCGGUCAAGAGUAAAUUGUUGUUCGCGAAUUACUAGUUUAAAGGCCAAAACAUUUCGACACUGAGUUUUCACAAUUGGUCAACAAUCCAGAAAGUGGCAUUUUGUGAAAGUUUUUAUUUUGUACCUGUUAAUUUGAACUUCUUGCGGUCUCGAUGAGCGACUGAUUUUUCCUCCGUUUUUUGUGUUAUUGUUGUUGUUGUUGUUAUUAUAGUGAUAAAAAAAAUUGCGUGCGUGAGCAAUAUUGAGCCGAAGGGAAACACAAUUUUUUUUUUGUCAAUGUGACAAAGCCUCAGGCAUUUUCGAGGUCGUGGAGAAUGAUCUUGGUGUACGAGAUCCUGCUGCCCCUCGUGGGAUUCCUGACCGUUGUCGUCCAUGGAACGAAAUGCGGUCAGCCAGCAGUGCCGAUGAACGCCAAGGUUUCUCUAUCAGAUGACACCUUAAAAGUAGGCACCCUCGCCACCUACACCUGCGAUGCUGGUUACGAAAUUUUCGGAACAGGAUCGCUAGUCUGUAAUAAUAAGGGGAAAUGGCAGGGAGAACUUCCAUUCUGUGGAACAAACGUUGGUUUUCGAAAACCGGCAAAUCAAUCAACGACUGUGAGAGGAGGCGAUGCAAAUCAUGGAAACGAUGGAGAUUUCGGUACAGAGCACGAUGGAAAACGAUGUACAGAAACUCAAAGUGAGCCUAGUCCAUGGUGGAGAGUAGAUCUUCUAAAGACAUACGCUGUCAAGGUCGUAAGGGUGACGACCAGAGGCUGUUGCGGUCACCAGCCACUUCAGGAUAUUGAGAUUCGUGUUGGUAACAGUAGCGCUGAAUUACAACGAAAUCCACUUUGUGCCUGGUUUCCGGGUACAAUUGAAGAGGGGAUCACGAAAACUUUCGUGUGUGCGAGGGCCUUGAUUGGACAAUACGUCUUUCUUCAAUUGGUUGGAGUUGAAGGCAGUUUGAGUCUCUGUGAAGUCGAGGUCUUUGCUACCGAUGAAUUCUCGGUCGACAGAUGCGCCCACGCAGGAACGCCAGCUGAUGCCGAUUUAGCGGCAUUUAAUUCAACUUGUUAUGAAUUUAUUGUUAAUAAAGGUGGCUCUUUCCACGAAGCAAGAUCGCACUGUAAAUCAAGGGGAGGCGAUUUGAUUCACGGAUUUACCGGAAUAUCGUCCAGUUUCAUUUUAAAUAAUCUCGAGAGGAGGAAGGACAAAUUAAAAACGCAAUUAGUUUGGAUUGGUGCCCAAAAAGAGCCGCUGAUAACAGCAAGAACAUGGCGAUGGGUUGACGGUGAAGUUAUUCAAAAGCCAUCGUGGGGUAAGGAUCAACCUAAUAAUUACAAUGGCGAGCAAAAUUGUGUCGUUUUGGAUGGAGGACGUGGAUGGCUUUGGAAUGACGUCGGAUGUAAUUUGGAUUAUCUCCACUGGAUUUGUCAAAGCAAACCAUCGAUGUGCGGCAGUCCAGACAGAUCGGAAAAUACGAGCAUUGUUGGAUCCAAAAGAACAAUUGGGGCAAUUAUCGAAUACACUUGUCCUGAUGGAUACAUGCUCGUGGGAUCGAAGAAUAGAAUUUGCGAGCCCACUGGAUUUUGGAGCGAAAAUCCGCCAAACUGUAAAUUUGUUGACUGUGGGCAAUUGCCGGAUUUUGAAAAUGGAAUUAUAAAACUUUCCGACGAUAGAACAACCCACGGAGCCCUCGCCGAUUAUUCCUGUAAAGAAAAUUACACUCUCGUUGGAGAUUCAACGCGAAGGUGCGGAGACGGAGGAAUUUGGAGUGGACAUCAACCUCAAUGCUUAUUUAACUGGUGUCCUGAACCACCGGAAAUAAAUGGUGGUGUUUUCGAAAUUACCGGAAGACGUGUUGGUUCAAUUGCGACCUAUUCUUGUCAAAAUGGCUUUAUUCUUUUUGGAGAUAAUGUCCUGACGUGCGAUAUCGGGGGCCAAUGGUCGGGUAAAAGUCCACAGUGCCGAUUUGUGGAUUGUGGAGCCCCGGCCCAAAUUGAAUUUGGGACUGUGACCUUAAUAAAUACGACCACAACUGUUAGCAGCUUAAUUAUGUAUAACUGUCAGGAUGAUUAUUGGCUUGUCGGCGACGCUAAACAAGAAUGCACCAGAGAGGGAAAAUGGAGUCGCGAUACUCCUUCUUGUGAAUUGAUUAUUUGCGAGGAACCGGAAGUGCCAGCCGGAAGUUACGUCGUUGGAUAUGAUUUCAAUGUACACAGCUCGAUUACGUAUCACUGUGAGGCUGGAUAUUUGCUGCAUGGUGAAGCAAGACACACCUGUGGCAAAACUGGAGAAUGGACUGGCGAUGUUCCAUCUUGCGAAUAUAUCGACUGUGGGAAGGUCCUACCAGUUUUAAAUGGAGCAGUCGAUUAUAUAAACGGAACGACACACUUGGGAAGUGAAAUUUCAUAUUCUUGCACAAGAAAUUACAGAUUGAAUGGAGUUACAAAAAGAUAUUGUCUAGACAAUGGUCAAUGGAGUGAUGCUACACCAAAAUGCGAAGAAAUUCGCUGUUCGGAACCAGUAUUAGCGAUUCAUGGAAUUCUAUCCGUGACCGGAAAUGACAGAAUGUACGGAAGAACAUUGAUAAGAACUGGAACGGCCGAAAAUUCGAAUACAGGAGCAACGUCCUAUAAAAUUGGCGCACUUGCCAAGUACAGAUGCGAGAGAGGAUAUAAAGUCGUUGGAGAACCAUUGUCCACGUGUGAAGACACUGGAAAAUGGAGUGGAGAAGUACCUCAAUGUGUCUACGUUGACUGUGAAAAACCAGAACAAAUUCAACAUGGACAUUACACUUUAACUUCAAAUGCAACUUAUUAUGGUGCCGCUGCACUUUACGAAUGUGACGGAAAUUAUGAAUUGGAUGGAUAUGCACGAAGACUAUGUCUUGAAAAUGCAACCUGGAGCAGUGACACACCAAUUUGUAAAGAAAUCAGAUGCAAAGAUCCAGACAAAAUGGGAAUGAUAGCGACGCAAAUUUCAACCCAUAGCGUUGGAGGAGUUGCUCAUUAUAAUUGUCCACGUGGUUAUAACAUGGAAGGGAACGAAACAAGAAUUUGCUUACAGAAUGGAUCUUGGAGUGGAACAUCGCCCGCCUGUUAUCCUGUCGAUUGUAAAGAUCCAGGAAUUGUCGAGAAUGGAAGAGUAAUUGUCGUGAAUGGAAGUACAAGUUACGGAGGUGCUUCGGAGUAUCAUUGUCUGCCGCAUUUCGAAAGAGUUGGACCUUUCCUUAGAAAAUGUUUAGAUACUGGCAGCUGGAGUGGCGAUGAACCAAAAUGCGUGUUGUCUCUGAACGAAGUAGCAGAAGUCCAAGGAGUCGGUACCAGUGUUGGAAUUGGAGCUGGAGUUAUAAUUUUCAUUUUGGUAAUCAUCGGCCUGGCUUACUUGCGACUCAAAAAGGCCAGUCCAGUAAAAAAUACGGAAAAUGUCCAAGCUGCUGAGCGGAAAGAAGACCAAAAUGCAGCAGUUAUGUCGUACGCUACUCUAAAUGAUGGAAUUCCAGGAACAAUGUACGAAAAUGUUCCUGAAGAUGGCCUUUAUGAUAAUCCCUACAGCAUCAGCGGGAGUGCUUACGGAUACGGAGGACAUGGACGAAGAGUUUACAAUCGAUCUGGUCAUUACGAGGCUGAGCCUGUUCAUCAUAGAAACGGUAUCACAAUCAAUGGAGUUUCCGUUCGAUAGUUAAUGUAAACGAUUGAUUGCACACAAAGUAAUCAAAUAUUCUCUUGCCCUACAUUUUUUUUUGCGAUAUUCAAUUCUCGCAAAAUCAUCAUGAGUAGGAGAAAAUUUUUUGAAAAUUAUGGUUGUUUCUGAAUCCAAAGUCGUGAUCGUUUACCUCUCGUUUGACCUAUAGGAGCAAUUAUGAAAAAAAAAAUAGUAUUCAACGAGGGAUUAUUAUUUAUAUAUAUUAUAAAUAUUUAAAUAUGAAACUAUUUAAAAAGUACCAUAGUCUGGAGAAAUAAUUAAUUAUUAGCGACCGUGGAAUGUCGCUUGUUAAGAAUUUUUUUUAUAUCACGCGUCGAAUGUAGCAAAACUGUAAAUAGUUCACAAAGAAUUUUUUUUUUCUGUUUAUAUUGUGAGUUGAAAUGGAACGAAAUAGGCCAAAGGUGCCAAUUGUAUGUAUGAUUUUGUAUAUAUAUUUUAUUUACUUAGUGACUAUUAUAGGAUUGAAAAUAAAAUAAAAGAGUAUGUAUUGUAAAAUUCGUAAAUUAAACGUGCAAGACUUUUUUAAAAAAAGUCCUGUGAAUAUAAAAAUA